UUAUACAAACAUUCUUUCUUUCUCAUUUUCUCUUUCAAUGUAUAUAUUACAUGCAUAUGUGUGGAUGUGUAACACAUCUCAUGCAACAUACGAUAUCAAUGCAGUGGUGAUAUUUUUUCAAGAACAAUAGAAAUGUUUUUAUGGAUCUGAACACACAGUUUGUUACAUAAAUAAAUGUUUUUUAUCAAUGCCAUAUGAAAUGAAAUGCAAAUAAAUAUGAAGGAUGCACUUAAUAUAUGUACAUAUAUAUAUAAAUUAAUUAAUGUAAGAAACCUUUUCAAAUACUGAAUAACAGUUUAUUCGUUAGUUAUGGAAAUAGAUAUAUUUCGAUUCAAACGGAAUUCAAGGAAGACUAGAUUCAGUAUUAUUCAGCAUGAAGAUUCAUUGGAAAUUUGUUCAGAACUAAAGGAUACAAGUAGAAUAGAAUUUCACCCCGUUGUUGGCCCAAUGAUUACUUGUCAGGUUCCAGAUAACUUUAUUUCAAAGGAUAUUUUUGAUAAUGUUAGUGUUUAUAUCAUACCCAAAGCACAACUGCAGCGAAGUACCAUAACAGUAACAUUGAAGGAUUAUAAAAUCUUAGGAUUUCCUGUGAGAAUCGAUGACAAUAAAUAUGCAAGAAAUGCAUUUUAUUUUAAUUUAUGUUUUGUCUGUGAUGCACAAGCACGUACCGUUCAUUAUGAACCUGUUGUGAAGAAGAUGUCUGAUUUUCUAAUGGCUCUUGAAGUAGAAAAUUGUUUUUUAUCCGCGUCUGAGGUUAAAACAAGAUUAGCAGAAAUGCUCCAACAAGUAAUGCAGGAUUUAAAUUUGCACAAAAUGUGUACAUUAACGGAAGGAACAAUGACAUCCAAUUUGAAAGUCAUCAAGUUAGCACCCGAACCGAAGCCAGUUCUUGAUCAUCAGGUACCGAUCUUCUUAGAAGGCCGUGAAGCAUUUCAAAGCGAUCAAUGGGAUUUAACUACUCAACAAGUAUUACCUUACAUAGAUGGAUUUAAUCAUGUUGCACGAAUAGCGGCCGAAGCAGAUGUAGAAAAUAACUUGGUUAAAAGUUGCGUGCAGAACCUUGUCUAUUACGGUGUUGUAACCCUAAUUCCAAUAUUUCAAUACAGUAACGUUUAUGGUGCAACAUCCAAGUUAAAAGAAUUGGCAGAAAACCCAAAGCUACAGGAACGAUGUAUAGCGUAUGCUUCAAAAUUUCCUAGACAACCUGCGUACCUUAGGGAUAUAUAUAGAAUGUAUGCAAGUAUGACACAUGGUAGCAGUAUGAGGGAUCUCUGUCAACGUCUGAACCCUCAGAAUUUAAGGAUUAACGAAAGACGAUUGGUACAAUUUGGUCUAAUCGAAGGUCUUAUCCGUAGAGUAUAUAAGUAUCCAAUAUAUUUGCCAGGAUCUCCUUGCAACGAGGAAGCAAAGAACAAUCCAAUUUAUAAGUACUUUACAGGUACAUACAGUCUUGACGAGAUUUGUUGCAGCACCGGUCAAUCAGCUGCACAAAUUGAAGAUAUUGUUGAACGUGAUCCAAACGUUGUCAUGUUAUGGAAAUAAUAUUUGAAAGUACAAUUUUUUUCGUCAUAUUGAUAAGCGAAAGAAAAUUUUUUACGGCACGCAGGAUAUAUUGUGUAUAACGAUGUAUGGACAAGUUACAAACGUAUAUUUAUUAUAUUUAUUCGAUAUUA